AUGCUCCCGACGUCGGCCGAAGUAUGGCAUGCCAUCCAUGCCAUGUUUGCUGCCCAAAGCCAAGCUCAAGCGAUCAACACCCGCAUCGAGCUCGUGAAUCUUCAGAAAGGUAACAUGACCAUGGCUGAAUAUCUUGGAAAAAUUAAGAGUCUUACCGAUGAGGCUUUAUCAUAUUUUUUCCACAAGAGGUCCCGGUCACACCCCCCAACUCCGCUUGCCCUAAGCACUCUCUCCGGAUCCCGUCUCGCCGCCGCCGCCCGCGCUCUCUCUGCAGUCUGCACUCACCGCGAUCCGGCCGCCCUCCCUGUCCGCGUUCCGAGGUCAUGGCGCCGGCCUGCGCCACGGCGUGCUUCACGGGUAUCACAGUUGCCGGGAACACCGCCACCCUGGUGCAGAGUAUCUUGGAUCUUGUGGACCGAUUCAAGGCCAUGCUGCGAUCCAAAGCGGAGCUCCGAGUGCGGCGUGCCAUUGACCAAGAAGGAUCUAAACAGCGAUGACAAGGUGGAGGAGAUCAAGGCCGAGCUGCAGAUCGUGCUCAAGGAAGCCAUGGACAAGCAGAGGGAGAAAGACCGUGCUGCGACCAACGCACGACUCAAGACCAUGAUCCUCAAAGAGUGUCCGUUCAAAGGCUGUGACGAGGCCUUCCUCUCCAGAAGGGAACUUAAGUUCCACUCCAAGAACUGUCACUGGGCCAGAGACAUCAACCACCUCAAAAUGGAGUGAAGACCGAGGCUUAAGCAAUGCCCGUUCUGGAGGAGGCCUGAACAACAAGGCGAUCAAAAUUAAUAAUUAGUAUUGCUACAUAUUCAUCAAAAAAUGAUUCCUGAAAUUCUUGCCACUGCAAAUUUUGUCUACUGGUGGCUAUCGUAUACACCUUUGAACGAGCCAUAAUAUUAGUAGAGGAGAACAUUGUCCAGUUUUUCUGUCACAACAAUGAAUAUCCAUGUGGUGGUAGACUUUAAUCUGUUUGAUUGGGUGGAUGUGUGUUCUGGAAAGAUAUGAUCUACAGUGUACUAGCUAGUUGAUGAUAUUUGCCUAACUAGUUGUAAUAUUAGACUCGUAGGCCCAAAACAACGAGCUUUCUACCUGAAUUUCUGAACAUCUAAAACUUUAAAGCGCAGAGAUACUGAGUGUAUUAGAAUUGCUGGAGCGUUGAAACCCACUGGUAAGUUGCAUACAUAUUAGAAUUCUUUGGUUAGGUAAAACUAGCCUCUGUAAGUGCAAGAACUAGCUCAGAUAUUUUGUACUCCCUCCGUCCCGAAAUACUUGUCGCAUAAAUAGAUGAAAUUGGAUGUAUCUAGAACUAAAAUGUGUCUAGAUACAUCCAUUUCCCCGACAAGUAUUUCCGGACGGAGGGAGUAUUAUGUUAGUUGUAGAACCAAAGUGGCAUGCGUUAAUUGAGUAGGAAACUGGCAUGCGCUAAUUGAGUAGGAAAACUAAAAUGAGGGACGAAAAUUUCAGUAAUCGCCACUCAGCCUGG